AUGGCCGACACAGCAGCGCUCAAGUGGGCGUCCAAACCCGUGGAGAUUCACUGCGACAUGGGCGAGGCGUUUGGCAACUGGACAAUGGGAGACGACGAAGCCAUCAUGCCGCACAUCACAUCCUGCUCCAUCGCCUGCGGCUUCCACGCUGGCGACCCCUUGGUCAUGUACAAGACGGUCCGGGCGGCGCGGCGCCACGGUGUGCGCGUCGGUGCGCAUCCCUCGUUCCUGGACCUGCAGGGCUUCGGGCGCCGCGAGAUGAAGAUGGAUCCGCUCGAGUGCGAGAAGAUGGUCAUUUACCAAAUCGGUGCCCUCAAAGCAUUUCUCGAUAUCGAGGGCAUUCCACUGUCCCACGUCAGUCCGCACGGCGCGCUUUAUGGCGUCAUGUGCAAGGACAAGUCAAUCUGCGAGGCCGUCUGCCGGGCCGCGCGACACUUCACCACUCCGGACGGCACCCCGGUGCCCAUGAUUGGCGCCUCGGGCACGUUCAUGGAGUCGGUGUGCGCCGAGAUGGGCAUCCCGUUCGUGCAGGAGAUUAUUGCGGAUCUCGAGUACGACGAGAGCGGCGACUGUAUAAUAUCGAGGACGCACGAGGCAGUCGACCUGUCGGCACUACGGCUACGGCUCCGGGGAGUACUACGGACGGGCACGAUUGAGAGCAAGGAGAAGAAGGAGAUGGUGGAUCUCAAAUUAGGCGCCGCACCGCUGAGUCUGUGCAUCCACAGCGACACGCCUGGGGCAACGGGGGUGGCGGCCACAACGCGGCAGGCAGUGGAUGACUUCAACAAGGAGUGUUUCCCAGGAUCUUGA